AUGAACAAUACACUAAGAAAAGAUGAAGAGUGGUGUGCAAACCAGAUGAGAUUAUUUCUUCAUCGAGUUUUUGGAUAUCGAGGUGUUAUUUUAUUUCCCUGGCUUGCAAGAGUAUUUGAUCGAUAUGAUGGACGUUCAAAUACAUUACCACCGUUACCAAAAACAACAAAAUCAUCACAAUCAAAUAUUCAUGAAAUUCGUGCAAGAUCAGUUACGUAUUAUCAAGUAUUAAUUGAUACACGAGAUAUGCCACAUAUUCGAGCUCAAACAGAAGCUGUGACAUUUUUGGGUAAUCAAGAACGUGAUAGAAAUCUUUAUGCUAUACCAGGCCUUGAUUAUGUUGCACAUGAAGAUGUUAUACCAUAUACGAGUACAGAACGAACACCAAUUGAACAUGAACUUUUUGAUAAAUUCUUAAUGCAUGAUUCAGAAGCAACUCCAAAUUUUGUACCACGUGAAUAUUUAAAAUCUUGGCAAGAACGACAUCAUCUUUGGCUUGAAUUAUCUGAUGUAUCUAAAGAUGUAACACAUCAAAUACGUGUUACUGUUAUUCCAUUUUAUAUGGGAUCUCGUUCAGCACAAGGUGUUACAGUUCAUUGGUGGCGUUAUUCAAUUCGUGUUGAAAAUUUAAAUCCAGAUGAACCAGUUACAUUACGUGAACGUCAUUGGCGUAUAUUUAGUUUAUCAGGUACAUUAGAAACUGUACGUGGUAAAGGUGUUGUUGGACAUGAACCAAGAUUAUCAAAAGAAUAUCCAGCAUUUCAAUAUUCAUCUCAUAUUUCAUUAUCAGCACCAAGUGGUCAUAUGUGGGGUACAUUUAAAAUGGAAAAAGAUGAUGGUACAUUUAUUGAAGUUCGAAUACCACCUUUUAAUCUUGAAUGUAAAUCUGAUCCGACUGAUAACAAAUCAUUAAUAUAA